GCCCGCCAUUGGUUGUGCGAUCGGGCGAUGGCGGCGGCCGGGGAGUCGCGCGCUGGGGUUGUCCUUGUUGCGGUGCGCGCGGCUGCUUCAGUCAGUGAGCUGCGGCGCGCCGCGCGAGAGGAAAGAGAAGGGUAGCAGCUGCAAGCGCGAGCUCUAUCAGGUGUAGAAAAACAAGCUUGAAAAUGCUGUCUAGACUCUUUCGAGUGCAUGGCCUUUUUGUUGCCUCUCAUCCAUGGGAAGUUAUUGUGGGGACUAUAACUCUCACCAUCUGUAUGAUGUCCAUGAAGAUGUUCACUGGUAAUGACAAGAUCUGUGGUUGGAAUUAUGAAUGCCCAAAAUUUGAAGAAGAUGUUCUUAGCAGUGACAUCAUAAUCCUGACAAUCACACGCUGUAUAGCAAUCCUUUAUAUAUACUUCCAGUUUCAGAAUCUAAGGCAGCUUGGAUCAAAAUAUAUUUUGGGUAUUGCUGGCCUCUUCACUAUCUUCUCAAGUUUUGUUUUCAGUACAGUGGUAAUUCACUUCCUAGAUAAAGAAUUGACAGGCUUGAAUGAAGCUUUACCAUUUUUCCUGCUUCUGAUUGAUCUAUCUAGAGCCAGUGCAUUAGCCAAAUUUGCACUUAGUUCCAACUCACAGGAUGAAGUACGAGAAAAUAUUUCACGGGGAAUGGCAAUUUUAGGUCCUACUUUUACUCUCGAUGCACUUGUUGAGUGUCUUGUGAUUGGUGUUGGUACCAUGUCAGGAGUGCGACAACUUGAAAUCAUGUGCUGCUUUGGUUGCAUGUCUGUUCUCGCCAACUACUUUGUCUUCAUGACUUUCUUUCCUGCUUGUGUGUCCUUGGUAUUAGAGCUUUCUCGUGAAAGUCGUGAAGGGCGUCCCAUAUGGCAGCUUAGUCAUUUUGCCCGUGUUUUGGAGGAAGAAGAGAACAAACCAAACCCUGUAACUCAGAGGGUUAAAAUGAUUAUGUCUUUAGGUCUGGUUCUUGUUCAUGCUCACAGUCGCUGGAUAGCAGAACCAUCUGCUCAGAACAGUACAUCAGAAAAUACAAUGGGAAUGGAUGAAAAUGCACCAAAGAGAAUUGAACCUAAUGUUUCUCUAUGGCAAUUUUAUCUUUCUCGCAUGGCCAGUUUGGACAUUGAGCAAGUAAUCACUCUUGGCUUAGCUCUUCUUCUUGCUGUGAAAUACAUCUUCUUUGAACAGACGGAGAUGGAGUCCACACUCUCACUGAAGAACCCCAUAACAUCUCCCUUGAUAGUUCAUAAAAAGAUUCCUGAUAAUUGCUGCAGAAAACAAUCUGGACUUCUGAAAAAUAGUCAGAAAUCCCUCACAGUAGACGAGGCUUUAUUUUCCAAAGAGAGAGAAGUUGAAAUCAUGAAACCUGUAUUAGCAGAGCCAUCAGCCAAGGCUACCUUUGUGGUUGGUAGUUGCAUCCCUAUGGUUACUUCUCUUCCUAACAGAAAAGAGCCUGAAAUUGAAUUGCCCAAAGAGCCACGCUCCACUGAAGAAUGUUUAAGUAUACUUGGAAAUCCAGAGAAAGGUGCAAAAUUCCUUACUGAUGCAGAAGUCAGGAUUCUAGUCAAUGCUAAGCACCUUCCUGCUUACAAGGAAACUUUGAUGGAAACUCAGGAACGUGGUGUAUCUAUUCGCAGGCAGAUGUUAUCUCAGAAGCUCCCUGAACCUUCAUCCCUGCAUUAUCUUCCUUACAGGCAUUACAAUUAUUCUUUAGUAAUGGGAGCUUGCUGUGAAAAUGUGAUUGGCUACAUGCCCAUUCCUGUAGGUGUCGCUGGGCCACUUUUCCUGGAUAGCAAAGAGUUUCAGGUUCCAAUGGCAACAACGGAAGGCUGUCUCGUAGCAAGCACAAACAGAGGGUGCAGAGCAAUAUGUCUUGGUGGAGGAGCAAAUAGCCGUAUUCUAGCAGAUGGGAUGACUCGAGGACCUGUUGUAAGAUUACCGUCUGCCUGCCGGUCUGCAGAAGUGAAGGCUUGGCUUGAAAACUCAAAAGGGUUUAAAAUAAUCAAAGAUGCGUUUGACAGUACAAGUAGGUUUGCUCGUUUGCAAAAGCUUCUCAUCAGUCUCGCUGGUCGUAACCUUUAUAUCCGUUUUCAGUCUGAAACGGGGGAUGCAAUGGGAAUGAACAUGAUCUCAAAAGGUACUGAAAAAGCACUUGCAAGACUGCAAGAAGAGUUUCCUGAUCUCCAAGUUCUAGCUAUUAGUGGUAACUAUUGUACAGACAAAAAGCCCGCUGCCAUAAAUUGGAUAGAAGGAAGGGGGAAGUCUGUGGUCUGUGAAGCAGUCAUUCCAGCCAAAGUAGUCAGAGAAGUAUUGAAGACUACUACAGAAGCUAUGGUUGAGGUUAACAUAAACAAAAACUUGGUGGGCUCUGCAAUGGCUGGUAGCAUAGGUGGCUAUAACGCUCACGCAGCAAACAUUGUCACAGCUAUCUACAUCGCUUGUGGACAGGAUGCAGCACAGAAUGUAGGCAGCUCUAACUGCAUCACUCUGAUGGAGUCAACUGGUCCCACAAAUGAAGAUCUGUAUAUCAGCUGCACAAUGCCCUCUAUAGAAAUUGGAACAGUUGGUGGAGGGACCAAUUUGCUACCACAGCAAGCUUGUUUGCAGAUGCUAGGGGUCCAGGGUGCAAGCCAAGACAAUCCUGGAGAAAAUGCACGUCAGCUUGCUAAAAUUGUAUGUGCUACAGUAAUGGCAGGGGAAUUAUCAUUAAUGGCAGCACUGGCAGCUGGACAUCUAGUCAAAAGCCAUAUGAUUCACAAUAGGUCAAAAAUAAAUCUACAAGAUCUUCAAGGAACCUGCACCAAGAAAGCAGCUUGAAAAAAGUAGUGUUGAAGUGAACCAUUGGCAUAGCAAGUGAUCAGAAGUAAAGAAUAAUAUAUAUUUAUGAAUUUUACAAGCAAUCUUCGGUACAAAGAUUUUUGUGGAAGAUAAUGGAGAAGAUCCAACAGACUUGUGAUCAAUGAAAAUCCUCCUUAUGACUUUCUUCUGCAGUUAAACAUUACUACUUUUAUGGAAAUCCCACCUGUAUUGAACAAGGUUGUAGAGUUUUUGGAAUCUCUCUUAGUUUAUGCAUGUUCUUCUGAAGAGUCAGCUUUGUCAUUAAGGAUCCAGAGGUUUUUUGACUAGUGAACUCCUAAUGAUGACUGAGAUGGAAAACAAGUUCUGUAGUGUAAUUGUAUGUUUAAAAAAUGAUUUGGUUAAAAUUGGCUUGUAUGUAAUUUGUGAUUUUUGUUUUCUGGUUUAAAAAAAGUAGGUUUUAAAUAUAAAGUGAUAGCAGCAGUCUUAGUGCAUCCAUGAACUCCUGAUUUUAAUUUUGUUGGUUCAAGUUUUAAGCUUAGGUCUUAGGUUAUGAGAAUUGUAUUGAGUCUCUCAUUAAUUUGUAGAAACACUGAUCUAUUUAUAGUACUUCACUUGAUGCUGUUCCUUUAACUAUUAGUUCCUUAAACUGACUUAAAUCAUUUUUCCUUUCAAGAAGAUCUAUUGCUACAAAGUGAAGAAAUGUUUGCAAUUCUUUAAUAGAGGUAUGAAACCACUACAAUUCAACUGGUUGGGCAUUUUGUUCAGAUAAAAGUAACGUAUCAUGGCUUUUUAAAACUUUCAUGAUACAGGUACAAAAAUGACUACACAUCAACUGGUUUAGAGCUUUGAUGACAUUAAAACCAUUUUUACAUAACUUUUUCUGUAAAUAGGAAAGGAUUCAAAUGAAGCAAAUGAAGAACAUAUGUUUACACUUUUAAAAUCUUAUCUUUUUAAAGUGAAGUUUGUGUACACAUUAAUAAUUUUUGGUGUUUGACACCACUUCUCCGGAGGAUAGGCGUUUGGCCUCUGCUUAACUUGAGAUGAAAUAAAGCCAGAAAAAUCAUGUGUCUUUAAUGUUGCAGUUGUUUUUAUGUUUUUUAAAUGUGUUUCUUUGUGAAAAAACUAAUUUAUUUUCUGAAAAAUCCAACUUUCUUUUGUUAUGAAAACUUACAAGAGCCAUUGAAAUGUUACUAGAAAAAAUAAUACAAUAAAUGGAGCUGUCCAUUAAAUACUGUAUUUGGACCCAUAAGGUAAUACAGUUUUUUUUUAACAUUAUGCAGGAAACAUUUGGUAGGUCUAUUUUGGUUUGAUUUGCUACUGAGGAAAAAAGUAUCAGUGGCUAUUCGCAAUAGUUAUCCUGACCAGUCAUUGAAGGAAAACUAUAAGUGGAUUUGAACAUCCCUUUUUAUUAGAAGGAUGGUGUCAGCAGUUCAGGCUUUUUAUGGGGAUACCCAGGCAUUCCAGGGGCAUGGGAGUGAAAGAGAGGGAAUGCUGUUCUCCUUAUGUGUCAACUUAGUAUAACUUGAGGGAUUUGUUUUGUGGAACAUCAAUUCUAAUAUUAAUUGUGUAGAUCUCAUAAAGCUAACAUGCAAGCCUGAAGACAUACUACAUGCUAGGUAUGAUGUGGUAGCAUGUAAAUUAUCAUGAAUGUUUAUCUUUCUGCAGUAUUGUUAUUAAUCGUUUUUCUUAUUUAUGCAGAGUUGAAACUGCUUUGUUUCUGUGUUAAACCAGUGAUUUAUUGUUUAAAGUAACACUGAGCUGGCAAUAAAUGGUGGUUCGGUGUUUAUUUUGGUGAAUGUAACUGACAUUCUGUCUUGCAGAAUUAACAUUUUGUACUGUUACUAAAUUGUGUACAUUUUUGUACAGAAAACUUUUUUCAGUUUCAGUAAAACAAUGGAAAAGCA